AUGUCCCCUUCCCUCUUCUUCCCUGCACUUUAUAUCCUGAACAAGAUGUCACAUGGUCUGGAAUGGCCCUUUGGUCACUUGGGGUCACCUCUCCUGGCUGUGUCUCCUCCCGGUCUGCCAAGCACCCCCAGCUUCCCUGCCAGCGUGGCAGUCCUGGAAACUGGGCUCUGGCUGCUGGGUCCGAGGUUCCAUGGAGUACGGGGUGCUUCAGCCGGGGAAACCCCCGCCAUCCCCUCCGCCCGCGUCAGAAAGUGGUGGAAAACGGGUCAAACUCCGGCGUGCCUCCAACACUUUCUCCCGCGGCUGGGGAGCCUCUGCCAGGGCGUGUGCCGGGCUGCGAGGCGCCUUGCCCCGGCCCCUCAGCGGAGACCACCGGCGUCAGACCCGGGAAGCGAUGCUGCCGUGUGCGGGCGGCCCUCCCCAAGGGCUCCGGCCGCCGUGGAGGGCGGAGAGGGGCGGCAGCCCCUGUUGGCGGCCUCGCCUCUCCUCCCUCUCCGCCGGCCCGGCCCGGUUCGUCCGGCCGCGUUAACCCCGGCGGCUCCGAGGCGGAGGCUCCCGGGAGCUGCUCCCUCCCCACAGCCCUCCUUCCUCCGCCGGCAGAAACCAGACACCGGGACGGCCCCGCGCAGCCCUUGUGCGGAGCGGCGCCUGUGUCCGGCGGCGCCGGAGCGGCCCGGCCAUGCCGCGGCCCCGAUAGGCGCCCCGCUCGCAGCUCCCCGCCCGCACCAUGCCAUGUGUCCCGCGGAGCCGGGCGGCACGCAUGGUCUCCCUCUGGCUCCUCGUCCUCCACGCCCAAGCGCCCUGCCUGGGCAGGGCCCCGCCGGCCGGCAGCUCCCCGUUCCCCGACGGCGGGCAAGGUCAGUGGCGGCGGGCGGGGCGCGGCGGGGAGCGGGCCCUGCCGAGGGUGCAGCGGGCCCCGGGACGCUGCUGAGGCGGGAGGGACGGGCCGUGUGGGCCCCCGGUGCUCCCCUCGGCGCUGCCGGGACGCGCUGCUCCGCUCCCGGGGCACAGCGCUCCGGCUGCGCCUUCCUGCCGCUCCUGGGCAGGCAUCGAGGUUGA